UUGAGGUCGAACGAGAGGGAGGGAGGGUAUUCUCCUCUUUCCUCUCCGAGGCGAGUGCAAAGGAGAGGGUGAGUGGCUAAGACUUGUUGAUGUGGAAGAUGGGUUGAUCUAUAGACGGAAACAAGAGUCACCCUUCAUCGUUUUUCUUACAGCGCGGGAUUGAUGCCAAAUGCGCUUUUGCGCGGGAGAGGUGUGCGUGUGCAAUGGUGCCUAUAGAUAGCCUAUGUGUUUCCAUGCGGGGUCUCCUAUCCUGUCUUUUCGAUUACGCACCUGAUUGCUGUCUCUCCAACGAACGGUGGGUUUAAUAUGAAAUUCCCCACAGCCGUAUUGUCUCCUCCGCAUCCGGCAGCGUAAGUUUAUCUAUUUGUAUGCAGUUGUCACACCGCCCAGACGUCAUCCGCACAGGACCCGGUUAAGCUUAGGUUAGCCUACAUUUUCUUCUCUCUCCAAUCGGUGUACAAUCGCCCAUGUUGUGUGUGUGUUUCUCUUGGACCACAAUACCAAUCUACAAUGACAGCUCAGAUGUGAAGAGAAGUGGACUAUACAAAGAGAAGACGUGAAAACGCAUCAUGCAGCCAUGCGGUCGGAUAGGUAUAGCCUAUAUUGCUAUUCAAUAGGCCUAGAUAUAGCCACGUUUGAUAUUUACGUAUUACUUUGAUGUUGAUGUCGUAUUUAUCCUACUGACAUGUAUUGGUUAAUAUUUGACUCUCCAAGAUGAAUGGCCAUUUCAGGAGCAGUGUUGCGUAUUGAAUGGUCAGCUUGGCUAAUAUUUCUGCGUAAACGUCGUGUUAUCCUAAGCUGUACCCUGGCGAGUGAGUGCCCGUCGUCCGACGGUGAUAAUCACCCAGAAAAGCGCUUUUGUUUGUUUGUUUGGCCGGCUGGCGGAACACGCGCGCACACACACUCAACACAGCGUGGCCACCGCUGUCCAGCGUGCUGAGUUCUGAAUCCUGCACCGGUCUCCAGGACGAGAGGAGGGAAGGAAGACAAAAGGAGAAGAAGAGACGGGAGUGUGGGAAGGGGAGGCUACAACACACACUGGACAUUUAGCAGGGGAUGGACGUGAAAAUGUCACCCAAUAAAUCGAAAAUCAAUACGCAGAUAUGACUGUUGAGCAAUCUCGUUUGGGGUGAGUUUUUGCCAAGCAAUUUCACCAGCUAGACUCCUGAUGAAAAUAUGGAAUGAAAUAAUUUUAUGACAACAGUUUCAUGAUUCUCACGAACCGUACAAUUAAUGAUAACGCAAUGUUUCAUAAGCACUAAAAUGUAGUGUCUGUACACUAAAGGCAGUUAUCAAAAAGUAGACUACUAUUUAAAUAUACCUGAUUCUACACCACGGACCGUCUAGCCGCCAAUAUGGGACUGUGACCGUGCUGCGAGCGACUAGAGGCGGUUGUUUAUGUGGUCUGUGCUCCGUGUGCGGACGGAGUGCGGACCGGACCUGAGCAGCAGUGAGACAUUGAGCCAUGGCAGCCGCUAUUGCCAGCGGUCUGAUCCGGAAGAAGAGGGAGGCACGGGAGCAGCAUGUAGACCGACCACCCCCAAACAGGCGGAGGAAGAGCCCCAGUAAGAACAAGGGGCUCUGCAAUGGAAACCUGGUCGACAUCUUCUCCAAAGUGCGUAUCUUCGGCCUGAAGAAGAGGAGACUACGGAGACAAGAUCCCCAGCUCAAGGGUAUAGUGACCAGGUUAUAUUGCAGGCAGGGAUACUACUUGCAAAUGAACCCAGAUGGUUCUCUCGAUGGGACCAAGGAUGACAGCAGUAACUCCUCUUUGUUCAACUUGAUUCCUGUGGGUCUCCGAGUUGUUGCGAUUCAGUCUGUGAAGACAGGGUUAUACAUCUCCAUGAACGGGGAGGGCCAUCUGUACACAUCAGAACUCUUUACGGCAGAAUGCAAGUUCAAAGAGUCUGUGUUUGAGAACUAUUAUGUGAUCUACUCGUCGAUGCUGUACAGGCAACAGGAGUCAGGGAGAGCUUGGUUCCUGGGGCUCAACAAAGAGGGCCAAGCCAUGAAGGGGAAUCGAGUGAAGAAAACAAAACCAGCUGCUCACUUCCUGCCCAAGCCAUUAGAAGUUGCUAUGUACAGAGAGCCAUCGUUGCAUGAUGUAGGAGAGACCAAAGCGCCCAAAACAGCCGUCCCUCCCAGUAAAAGCACAACCGAGCCCCCAGUGAUGAAUGGAGGCAAACCAGUCAGCAAGCCUACUACUACUACUACUACUGCUACUGCUGCUAAGCCCCCGACAUAGCCACAAUUCACCUGGUGUGUGUGUGUGUGUGUGUGUGUGUGUGUGUGUGUGUGUGUGUGUGUGUGUGUGUGUGUGUGUGUGUGUGUGUGUGUGUGUGUGUGUGUGUGUGUGUGUGUGUGUGUGUGUGUGUGUGUGUGUGUGUGUGUGUGUGUGUGUGUGUGUGUGUGUGUGGCUGGAGGGAGGGAGGGAGGGACGUACAUGAUGGAGUCAGGGAUUUUCCCUACCAGACUCCAAACCUGCACCCUCUUUCUUCUGUGGAUUAGUUCCAGGCAAACUCUCGGUCCUUCCUUCCUUUCUUCUCCUCUCUCUCUCUCUUUCUUUCUUUCUUUCUCUUUAAUUCAUCAAUGGGGGAUCGAUGCAGAAGGGUGGUCGCCUCCGCCCCCACCCCCCAAAGAGAAGGAAGAGUGACUCUGACAAUGGAAUCCGUAAAAAUGAUGUGUGUUUCACAGCCACAUGUGAUACCUUGCUUGCUGACGGUAACCCAAGACCACCCCCUCUACAUAUAUGCCCUGUUGCAACAGUGUGUGUGAUUAAGAUCUAUUUUCUAUACCACAGUGCACCAGCUAUGUUCUGGGGUAGAUGCUUUACACACAUAGUAAAAAAGAAAAUGGACUGCUAUCUUCUACUUUUUACAAGUAUAUUCCCGUCUCUUUCUCUUUCUAUUCUCACAUUUUUCUCUUUGUUGAGUAACUUAGAAAAAAGUACAUUUUGCAGGGGAAGUGUGUGGUUUUGUAAUACACGCAUUCAUGCCGAUGUAUACUCAACACACACAGACACAUUGACACUGAAAUACACUCUUCUUCCCAUACACAACACAUACACUAACAAGAAAUAAGAUGCCACCGGUGGCUUGGUUCCAGGGACUCAUUUAGGGAAGUCUGGUGUUUGGGAAGCACUACAGAUACGCACGCAUGCACGCACGCACACACACACACACACACACACUCUCACACACACACAGCAUCUACGUCGAGGGGAGAGUCAGAGUCUCAGGCUGCGUGUUGCUUUUUUAGAGCUCAAUAAAGAAAGACUGGAGGACAGCUCACACAAUCAUAGCUGAUGAAGUGCUAAUUACCCCCACUGCAAUCAAUGCGAGGAGCCCACACACACAUACAGACACAGAUGUGCGUGUGUGUUGGAGAAUGCUUUAACAAGUGGUGUAUAGGUGUAAACAUAUCACAAUCCGAUCCCACCAGCGGUGAGCUCUGCCUCAUCCGGUCGGGAAAUAGGAACCUGAAAUCUAUUUUUCUUAAAUUCUUAUUUCUGAGCAAGGGCUCUAGGAAUAUCUAUAGGCCUUGUAGGCCACAGUCCCUCACUCGCUGACUUCUCUGAAUAACGGGCUAGGCUAGUGGCUUAGACUAAAUGGUUCAAGCCCAACGGUGGCAGCCAUUUUACAUUCACAUUUACUCAAGGUUUGGCUGCAUCCCCAUUUUGUUCAGGAAACUAAAGCAUGGGCAAGGUUAGUAUUGUGUUCUAUUUUUCUUGCAGAAGCAAUGCAAGAGAUGGCUUAUAUUAUAACAUUUUCACAAAAAAAAAAAAGAUUAUACUACAUAUUCUGAGAUGCUACGAGAAGAUUUUCUCCUAGCUCAGCAUGAAGAGUCCAGUAUCGCUCAUCUUGGCCUAUUACAUGCCUGUUUAGACCUUGAUCCCCAGCAUGCCAAUACAUAUAUCCAGUCACAACUGGGCCUAAGGUGUCUCACCCACCAAACACAUCCAAUAAAGACCUAGCAGAAUAUUCUCUCAACAACCUUUACAGAUGACAGAGAUUGAUUCAUAAAAUGACCAAAGUAUCCAAGAAGCCAGAACGAUACCACUGUUGUUGCUGUGUAGUACAAUGGCAACAGCAGCCGACUGCAUUCUGAUUCGAUUUUCCUUUCUCCGAUUUUGCUUUUUACCCACUGUGAUUUACCAUAUGGUUCAUUUUCACUAAAAUAAUCCCAUUGAUGAAUCGAUUCUCUGCUGGCCUUCUUGCUGAAGCUUUGAAAGGUCUUGAUUGAUGUCAUUUUGGAUCUUGUGUUCAUAUGAAUCAAGGUUUUGGGAUACCUAGAAACAUUUACAUGCAUGUUUUUCCACAUAGGACUAUGGCAGAGUUCCCCAACUGGCGGCCCGCGGGCCAAAUUGUGGUUUUAUUUGGCCCCCAAGUUUACUGAGCAAAAAAAAAUGUCAUCGUUGUUGUUGGACAUAAAAGACUGUAAAAACACCAGGAAAUCAGCUCUGAGUGAUUUUAAUUUGGGAAAUCUGUUAUUAAGUAUUCACCCGCAUAAAAGAUAAACACGUGAUCGCAUACACAUGUAAGCAAGGUUUCAAUUCUAUCUGUUUGGGCUUCUUGCAGUCUAUUUGGAAUUGACGAAUGAUUUGUCAUUAUGUUCCGGCCCCGCGGCUGAAUCUAGUUGAUGAUCCCUGGACAAUGGGAUAAGGGAAAGGUACUGUUCAGACCAAUGCUAGUGAGGAGUUGUUUGGAAAUUGUUUGGGACUCGAAUUACUUCCACUGGAGCUACUUCACCGCACUUUCUGUUCGGAGUCCUGAUCUGAUCACGACUGUUAGCAAUGUAUCAACCAUUAUCUGAAUCUAUCUGCUGAUUUAAUUCUGAACUUGAUUUACUGGAUUCUAUUGAUAGCUAAGAUUUAGAAUGUUGAUAAGUAGACUGAAGCUACUGUAUGCUGCUAAAAUUGGAAAUAUAUUAAGAGAUUUAUUUGCUGAUAUAAUUUUCCAGUUUAUUGGGAUUUUAAGCCCCUAUUUUCUAGAGGAUGUUGAAGCACAUUUACUAGUUAGACUUAAACACUUGUCUGUACAAAGCUACAUGGAUGCUAUUAUAACAAUGCCGUAAUAUACACAAAGGAGCUGAAAUAAUACUUUUUUCUUUAGGGCGGGUGUCCCCUCCACAUUACACCCAGGUUGCAUCCCAAAUGGCACCCUAUUCCUUACAUACUGCACUAUGGGUCCUGGUCAAAAGAAGUGCACUAAAUAGGGAAUAUGGUGCAAUUUGGGAUGCAUGUCCAGUAAUUUCCCUUCAUCAUAAUGAACUCUACAUGCUGGGCUACCCAAGCCCCUUCAGACCAGUUGACUGGUUCUUCGAAAGCUGAACUUUAUUUUUGUAAAUGACUGUGUAAAUGUGCGUCUGUUUAUCUCUCUAGCCGCCAUCUUGUUUUUUUGUUUGUUUGUUUGUUUUGUUCCUACUGUAUAUGGGUCGUGCGUGAUGUUGUUUUCCUGAUCCUUCCCAAACAGUUUAUUUUCAGUUUUCUCCCUCUGUCAACUAAUUUGUCAAAAAGUAGUUGGAGAGGUUUUAGUUUCGCUUUUGUCCUUUUUCUCAUCUUUUGCAUGGGGAGAGGAUGGCAUUGAUGGGCUGCAUGUAGUAGGCUAUGUGUAUCAAGAACUGUUGGUAUGUACUUCUAAUUUUACAUACAUAUAUGCUACAAGUUUGUCUGCACUGUACAGUUUGUUUGUUGUAUACAUAUAUACAACAUAUUGAAUCAAAUAUUUAUAUAAAGGUGUGACUGUAAUGUCAGUAACAUUAAUGCAAUAUAGUGUGCAAUAUAUUAUUGCACCUGUCAUUUUGAUGGGAUAAAUAAAACGAAAGGUUGGCUAGUACUAAAAAGCAUGAAAAGGCCAAAGUAGAAUUAUUUACAUUACAGUUUUUCUUUACUAAUUCCUAUCAAUCAUGUUUUCAGGUAGAGGUUGGGCUCUCGAGUCAAAGAAACUCACAUCCCCUGAAACCACCUUCUGAAGUUACAUGAAUAUCCAGCAUGGCACUAUAGAGCUAUGUGUGUUUUCUGUUCUUUUUUCGGCCACCACACUUGAACAUGUUCAUGACAUGGUGUUCACGAGUAAGGGGGAAUUGCCAUGCAUUGAUUGACCGGUUGUAGAAGAUUAUGAUGGUUGUGAUAGUUUUCAGCGAUAAUAGGCACUAUUAAAACAAUUUAUAUUUAAAUAUAUACAAUUGCAAGUGUGCCACUUGGAGAAAUGUAUGUCAUGUUAAUACAGAUUUAUACCCACGUAUGAUUAUGGUAUUUUCAUUGUUUUCCAUGCAGAAAUGUUGUGUCACGCGGCACAUUCAAUGUUUCAUUAUUACAAAAUAAAUAAAACGCUCAAACGAUA